AAGCAGGAGAAGGCACUUCUCAUGCAGAUCAUGUUCGACAAAAUCUGGGACAUACUACAUGACCCAGCGACCUCUCGGGUCAGAAUGCCGCAGUUCUUCUGGUGGGUCCAGAAGAUACUAUGGCUUGCUCUAAUCUGCAAAAUCAUCUCUAGAGCUCAACCAAAUGUGCUCGAGAAACAGAUCUGUGACAUUCUGUGCUACUGCCACUGCCUGUCAAACCAUGGAGGGAUGGAUAAGACCAUGUCUCUGAUCUGCGAGCACCAUUCAUGGAUCUCCAAAAAGCUCAUCUCGCAGUUCGUCAAGAAU